ACGCGGCGGCCGCCCUCCCCGCUGCUCCGGCGGCUCACCUGGGCUGGCCCGGGGCCCCCGCGGCAGGGCGGGCCGCCCGACGCCUCUUUAAAACGCGCGGCCAGCCUGGAGAGCCAGCUCUCUCCGGUGCGAACCUGUAGCUGCGUCUCUGGACCCUCGGGAGCCACGCCGGUGCGCCCAGACCCGCCUGGCUGGACCCCGGGCGUCCCGCGCGCGCGUCUCCAUCCGAGGGGUCGCCGCCUGCCCCGCGCCACGCCAGCUCCUCCGUCCUGUUCGUCCCCUCCCUGAGGGGCUGGGGGACACGGAUGGACCCCUGGACCUUCCUUCUGAUCCUGCAAGGCGUCCUCCUGCUGCCCGGCGCCGACGGUGCCACCCCCACGCUGCGCUUUGUGGCCGUGGGUGACUGGGGAGGCGUCCCCAAUGCCCCAUUCCACACGGCCCGGGAGAUGGCCAAUGCCAAGCAAAUGAGCAAGGUCGUGCAGAUGCUGGGCGCCCACUUCGUCCUGUCCCUGGGCGACAACUUCUACUUCAACGGCGUGCAGAGUGUCAAUGACAAAAGGUUCCAGGAAACCUUCGAGGACGUGUUCAACGACCGCUCGCUCCAGAGAGUGCCCUGGUACGUGCUGGCCGGGAACCAUGACCACCUCGGCAACGUCUCGGCCCAGAUCGCCUACUCCAAAGUCUCCAAGCGCUGGAACUUUCCUGGUCUCUUCUACCGGCUACACUUCCGAAUCCCUCGCACCAACGUGUCCGUGGCCAUCUUCAUGCUGGACACAGUGACGCUGUGCGGCAACUCCCACGACUUCCUCAGCCAGCAGCCCGAGAGGCCCCGGGACCUGGGCCUGGCCCGCACCCAGCUGGCCUGGCUCAAGCGACACCUGAUGGACGCCAAGGAGGACUACGUGCUGGUGGCCGGCCACUACCCGGUGUGGUCCAUCGCGGAGCACGGCUCGACCCACUGCUUAGUAAAGAAGCUGCAGCCGCUGCUGGUCAAGUACAAGGUCACAGCCUACCUGUGUGGCCAUGACCACAACCUGCAGUACCUGCAGGAUGAGAGCGGCGUGGGCUACGUGCUGAGUGGGGCAGGCAAUUUCAUGGACCCUUCCACGCAGCACCAGCACAGCGUCCCCAAUGGCUACCUCCGCUUCCACUACGGGGCCGAGAGCUCGCUGGGCGGCUUCGUCUACGUGGAGAUCACCCCCAAGGACAUGAGCGUCACCUACAUGGAGGCGUCGGGCAAGUCCCUCUUCAAGACCAAGCUGCCGAGGCGGGCCAAGGCCUGAGGGUCCUGGUGCAGAGGGGGCAUUGGGGCGGCUCAGUGGGCGACCCCCCACCCGCCCCGAGAGUCAGCCCCACGAGCACCAGCAGGAACCACGGCGCCAUGUGGUCCCCGCGCCGUGGCAGGAACGCUGACGUUCUAGGACGCUGGGACAUGGAUUUGGGGAAGCCAGCCCUAGGAGGAAGCUUCAUCCGCCCCUCCCCCAGCGGAGGAUGGGGGUGCAGGGUAGGGAGAGGGCGGGGAGAAAGAAGCGCUUUUUUCUGUCUCUGCCGUUGAAUAAACCAAGAAUCACCAAGUUUGCACUGGA